AUGGUGUUUGCCAAAGUCCCUCUUCUCCUGGCAGCGUGGUACUACUUCGUGAGGAUGCACAAUCCGCCUCAUACCGCUCAGAGCGGGGAGGUGCUCAAGGUCGGCUGGUAUCAACACCUUGUGUCGAAAGCAUUUCCGAUGACGCAGCAGAUUGUCGCAUCGGUGUUCUGCCUCGCAGAAGUAGCCACUCUGCUCUCAAGUCGAUACCCCAACUCGCAUCUAUCAAAGCACAUCCUAACGCUCUCAGUAAAUGGGGUCGCCCUUCCCUCCCCAGCCCUCACCGCGCCCUUCAUCGCAGGCUCAAUCGCCACAAUAGCAGCCAGCAUCCUCCGACUCCACUGCUUCCGCACCCUAGGCCGACACUUCACUUUCCAGCUCAGCGUACGCGACGGGCAUAAACUCGUGACCAGAGGUCCAUACAGCAUCGUGCGCCACCCAGGAUACACGACCGGCUUCACCGCGAUUUUGGGCAUGAGCGCCGUGCUCGCGAGCCCCGGCUCCUGGGCGCGCAGUUGCGAGUGGCUGCAUCUGCCAGCUGGAGGAAAGGUGCUGGCGGGAGCUUGGGCGCUCUCGUCGGCGUAUAUAUUUGUGGUAAUCAAGAGCCGGAUGAACGCAGAAGACACCUUCCUGAGGGAGUAUUUUGGAGAGGAGUGGGAGGCUUACGCGCGGCGUGUGCCUUACCAGCUUGUACCCCCUAUUUUUUGAUGCUGGUGUUCAGCAGGGGGCUAGGGUGGAAGUAUAAAAGUGGGGUGAUGUUAGUGACCCGAGUAAGAAUUCUGUAUGUAUAUAUGGUGAAGGCUGGGAGAAUCCUUGCUCAUUGUUGUAUCAUUGAUUAUUUU